AUGGAAAAGGCCUGGCGCACAUGUGGUAGCAUCUUCCUAGCAACCGUAUUGACACCGCAGCAGAGAAGGUCAGUUGAUUUCCUUGCCUUGAUUUCCUUCCUCUCACCGCAAAAGACCACCUGCUUUUAUCAGAGUUUCAUAUUCUCUCGACUCCACUCCUUGCACACCCUCUCCCGGAUUGCAGGACCCGACACAAUGAGACUUAUCAUUCGAGACGACAAGGCAACGGCCUCCAAGUACAUCUCUGAUUACAUCAUUCACCGAAUCAAGUCUUUCGCGCCUACGCCUGAGAAACCCUUCGUGCUCGGUCUCCCAACAGGUUCGUCGCCAGAAGGGAUCUACAAGAACCUCGUCAAGGCGCACAAGAAUGGCGAGAUUUCCUUCAAGGAUGUCAUCACGUUCAACAUGGAUGAGUACGUCGGCAUCCCGCGCGAACACCCCGAGUCCUACCACUCGUUCAUGUACAAGCACUUCUUCAGCCAUGUCGAUGUCGAUCCGGCGCAUAUCAAUAUCUUGAACGGCAAUGCCGAGGAUCUUGAGGAAGAGUGCAUUGCGUAUGAGGAGAAGGUCCAGCGAGCGGGAGGCAUUGAGCUCUUCCUUGGUGGUAUUGGACCUGAUGGCCAUAUCGCAUUCAACGAGCCUGGCUCAAGCUUGAAGAGCAGAACUAGAGUCAAGACACUGGCAUACGACACCAUCUUGGCCAAUUCGAGGUUCUUCGACAAUGACAUCAACAAGGUGCCUAAGAUGGCGCUCACCGUGGGCAUUCAGACUGUGUUGGACGCACGUGAAGUAGUGAUCAUCAUCACCGGACCCCACAAGUCCCUCGCCCUGCAAAGAUGUGUCGAAGGCGGCGUAAACCACAUGUGGACACUCUCCAGCCUGCAACUCCACCCACACGCCAUGAUCGUCGUCGACGAGGACGCAACACUAGAGCUCCAAGUAAAGACCGUAAAGUACUUCAAAUCCAUCGAACAAGUCGCCACCUCCCAAGGCUUCGGCCAAGCCCUCGCCUCGGCACAAACCAUCCUCAAAAAGCGCGACUCCGUCCGCAUCAAACUCGACAGCCCCAAAUCUCCCACCUCCAAAUCCUUCCUCGCGGGCCCCAAGCCAGACCUCACUCGCCAGAUCACCACCGAGCCCCAAAGCGCCGAACCGGAGUCUACUACGAAUCUGUCGGCGCCGCGCCCGGAGCUCACGAGGCAGGUCACGCCGGAGCCCGUGCUGGAUUCGAUGCAUACAAGGUUGCCCGAGACGAAGCCUGCGAAUGGGUUGGAGGGACUGGAGGUUAAGGAGUUGCCGAUUAAGGCGAUGCAUGAGAGGGUGGAUUCGGCGACGGCUUGA